AUGUCCAGCCCGCCGUCCCGUCUCAAGAACAUCUUGGGUCACCUUGGUCUAUCCUCACCUGCUCCAAAGCCCGAAGAGUCCAAGGCAGCCUUUCACAUCCAUCAACUUUCCCCAACCUAUUUUCUGGAGCGUGCUGCCGCCAUUGAACCCGACGCGGAGGCGAUUGUCCAUAUCACUGCCAACAAUAAGCUUUUGCGCCGCACCUACCGCGACUUUGCUGAGCGAGCAACCGGGCUUGCAUACUAUCUGAAGAAGCAUGGCUUCCAGCGCGUUGGUAUCCUGGCGCCGAACACACCGGCUUUUCUAGAGAGCAUCUUCGGCAUUGCCCUGGCUGGUGGGGUCAACGUCGCUGUGAACUACAGAUUGAAGUCAGACGACAUCACUUACAUCUUCGAUUAUGCCGAGGUUGACUCAAUCAUCGUGGAUCAAGAAUUCCUCCAUCUUCUUGACGAGUUCAAACAAAGUCACCCGUCCGUCCCAUUCAUUAUCGACACCGACACCGAUGCCAUCGAGGGGGAAUUGAGUGGCCCCUUUGACGAGGCCAUCUUGGAGGGCCUUCAAUUUGACCAGAAACAGGGCAACAAGAGGUUCGACGGCCUUCAAUCUCACUGUGGCAACGAUGACGACAUGCUCGCCAUUCCAUUCACUUCAGGAACAACUUCUCGUCCAAAGGGUGUUGUUUACACUCAUCGAGGGGCUUACCUCGCAGCCUUGGGAAAUGUUAUCGAAUCGGGGUUGAACUCACCCGAUGGGAGGCGUUGCAAGUAUCUAUGGACACUGCCACUCUUCCACGCCUGCGGAUGGACCUUCCCCUGGGCGGUGACAAUGGUCCGAGGAACACACUAUACAUUGAGAAAGAUCGACUAUCCUCUCAUCUGGAAGCUCCUUAAAGAAGAAGAAAUCAGUCACUUCAAUGCUGCACCUACGGUCAACACUCUUUUGUGCUCUGCUAAGGAGGCAGAGGAACUACCCAAAGCUUGUCGUGUGACUGUUGCCGCGAGUCCGCCGAGCGGUUACUUGUUUGAGCAGAUGACCAACCUGAACCUGAUACCAGUCCACGUCUACGGAAUGACGGAGACGUACGGACCUAUCACCAAAGGAUACCACAUGCCAUCAUGGGAUAGCCUUCCCCCCAACGAAAAGUAUGCCAAGAUGGCCCGCCAAGGUCAUGGCUUUUUGACGAGUCUGCCCAUUCGUGUAAUCAAGCAAGACCAACCGGAGGGUGUUCUGAUCGACGUGGCGAAGGACGGAAAGGAAAUCGGCGAGAUCAUCUUCAAAGGUAACAUCUGUUGCAAGGAGUACUACAAGGAUCCUGAGGCAACCAAGAAGCUCUUCGCCGGGGGUUUUUUGCACUCGGGAGAUCUCGCAGUGAUGCACGAGGAUGGAGCCGCGCAGAUCCUAGAUCGUGCCAAGGACAUCAUCAUCUCAGGCGGUGAAAACAUCUCAUCUGUAGCCCUCGAGGGCAUGCUCGUUCAGCAUCCCGAUCUUCUGGAGGCUGCCGUCGUCGCGAUUCCUGACAGUCAUUGGGGUGAACGUCCAAAGGCCUACGUGACAGUCAAGGAAGGCAAGAGCCUCCAGCCGGAAGACCUCAUAUCGUGGGCAAAGCACCAAAGCAACAUUAGCAAGUUCAUGGUCCCACGCGAAGUCGAGGUCGUGGACGAGCUGCCGAAAACCAGCACAGGAAAGCUGAAGAAGAAUGUUCUGAGAGAAUGGGCAAAACAUGGGCGUAAGGAAUGA